CUUUUAUAUUGACCCAUUGAAGUCCAAAAUGUUGGCCCUUUCAUCUGUAUUGAAUAAGAGUAAACAGGCAUAUAUACUAGAUGUGGUUUCCAUUACUUGUCCAAUCGUCUGCUAUUGAUAGUUAAAUCCUUCCAGUAUGGAUAGAGAAGAGUGAAAAUCUCCAUUUUCUAGUUAUUUGGAAUUUGCAGAUCAAUCUAUUCAGUCCUUUCCUUUUGCUCUCGGCAUGAUGAACCUGUCAAACAAACCUGCAGGCAAGACACACACACACACACACAUAUAUAUAUACAAGCCAUGCUAGGCCUAAAACCAUUUCUACAUUACCCUUGAAAUGGACAAGAUUGCGAGAAGCUGUUCAUGAAUUGCAUCUAAAGUUAAAUUUUCCAUAGAAAGGAAAAAUAAUCACAUCUAACUGGUCUAGAAUUAUGCUAAUCUGCAUCUUUGGAUUGAAUUGCAUGGCCUUGUGCUCUUCGAAUUGAACCACCAUCUGAACCCUGAAUCCAUCUCUUACCAGGCUAAACUGCACUGUAACCUCUGCGCAUGGACUGCACAUUUUGAAUCAGCUGAACAUGAAAUCUCCACCCCACACCCCAAGGGAAUGCUAAGUUCUGAACUCAUGCCAUAGCAACCCCAAACAAAUUAAUCAUUUCAGAAGUCUGGGAUUAAAUCCUAUGAUUUAAACAAGACAUGUCUGCUUUUGAACAGAAACAAUGUGCCCCUAAUAACUAAUCAGAAUCAAACUUGCCAAAUCAACACCAAGGUGUUUGUGAAGGUGUAUCAUAUCAGUCAUAACCCUCUAGUUGAAGUCAAGAUGAUAACAGUCAGUCACUGAUGACAAUGGACUUAAGCUUGUGGUGGAAACAGGAGAGGUUGUCUCCACGACUGACCAGUUGCAAUUGUAGACUAAAUUAUUUUCUAUAUGACUAAUCAAUAGGAUGGCUUUGGUCUAAACUUAUUAGGCCGACUGCGACAGACAAUAAAACCCAUUCUCUUAGUCAAACCCAUGUUAAUGAGAGACUGUCGCAUGAGACACAUUCAUGGUCCUUGGCCAGGUAAUUCCCAUUGGUGUCUAGCUCUCGACUUCCAAAGGCAAAUGAAAGCAAUAAACCCACAGGCCUCUGAAACUUUUCUUUCUUUUCUUUUUAAGUUGAAGGCCGUUAAAGUAAUAGAACAGGCAUCAUGCUAUGUUAUAACCACUUACACUAAGCCUUCCACUCUUCAUCUAGGAGUAGCACAUUGCUGGAUUCUUCGAGUCCUUUCGAUGGACCAGCUCUAUUGAUCAUAUAGUUUAACAUGCAGUCCUGGGCUCCCAGUCCAAAGUGGUGGAAUUCAAAGGGAAGCAUCUUUCCACCUUUUGAAUGUUCAGAGGGGGACAUUUUUCUACUCCUUUCUUUGAACUUUGGAGGGACUAAGCGGAUCUGAUUUGCCCCCGUCCCAUCCCUUCCAUAGGUCCUGCCACCCUCAAAAUCUUUGAAAAGUUGGACCUGCUCUCCCUACCAUAAAAUAUCACUCUGAUAACCACACUCACCACCACAGAGCCAAUUCAACAGGAAGGAGCUAGGGAGCUGAAGAAGAGCUGAGAUGGGAGUCUGGAACUGGCCUUGGAGAGCACGAUCAUCUGGCUUCGGCUCAUCCUCGACUGCUGAAGAGGUUACUGAAGGAAUUGAUGCCAGCCAUCUCACCGCCAUCGUCACAGGAGCAACAAAUGGCAUUGGAAAAGAGACAGCAAGGGUUCUAGCUUUAAGAGGAGCAAAGGUCAUUAUACUAUCCCGAACCAUGGAGAGCGGCAUGAAGGUAAAAGAGAGCCUCCUUGAACAAAAUCCAGAUGCGAAUCUCCAUGUCAUGGAGAUGGAUCUCAGCUCCCUCAGCUCUGUCGACUCCUUUGCUCGUUCCUUCGAUGCAUCAAACAAACACCUAAACAUCCUAAUCAACAAUGCAGGCAUAAUGGCUUGUCCAUUUCAACUUUCAAGAGAUGGAAUAGAGUUGCAGUUUGCUGCAAAUCAUCUUGGACAUUUUUUACUGACAAAUCUCCUGAUUGGCAAAAUGCAAGCCACGGCCCAAGAAACGGGAAUACAGGGAAGGAUAGUUAAUGUCUCAUCAAUUGCCCACAAAGGUGGCGAUGAAUCUUGGCUCGAUCUUGACAAGCUCAAUGACAAGUCAAGGUAUAAAGCUUUUGGUGCAUAUUGUAACUCCAAACUAGCGAACAUAUUACACGCAAAUGAGCUAUCGAGGCGUUUCCAGGAAGAAGGAUCUAAUGUGAUGGUCAAUUCAUUGCACCCAGGAGCCAUAUACACCAACUUACCUCGCCACCUCAACUUUAAAGUUGCACUUACUCUAAUAUCUAUUCUGGCAAAACCUUUUCUGAAGACCAUACCUCAGGGAGCUGCGACUACCUGUUAUUUAGGAUUACAUCCAAGUGCAGCAAACAUAACUGGAAAAUAUUUUGCUGACUGCAAUGUGGCAGAACCUUCUGAGAAAGCAAAAGAUGGAGCCCUAGGCAAAAGGCUCUGGGAGUUCAGUCAAGAGCUACUUCUAAAGCAAAAGAUGGAGCCCUAGGCAAAAGGCUCUGGGAGUUCAGUCAAGAGCUGCUUCUUAAUAGAAGAAGCAAGCCAGCAUAACAAGCUUUCAGUGGAUGUUCGAGAUAAAUGAGAAGUCCUACAAAUGUGUCAUCUCUCAGACUAUUGACUAGUAACACAAAUACUUUUUGAUUG